AUGGCCGACGAUACAAGGGACUCCAACCAGAACAAUCCAGCACCGGCUUCGACGGAGCAGCCUGGUAGUGUUGACUCAACUCAGCCCGCAAAGAAGUUCCCGAAGGGCGUUGUACUUGGAAAGGAUGGAAAACCUUGUCGGUCGUGCACUUCCUUUGCCUCCUGGGCCGCCCAAACAAACGCGUCUCUAAAGUCCAAGAAGCAACUCACCCCUCCUUCUGAUUGCCCGCCCGACGUCGAAACCCUCGGCCGCAGCUCCUGGACUGUCCUCCAUUCUAUCGCAGCGGCCUACCCAGAAACUCCGUCCACAUCCCAGCAAUCCGACCUUCUCGGAUUCGUGCAUCUGUUCGCGAAGCUCUAUCCCUGCUGGACGUGCGCCGAAGACUUCCAGACCUACAUAGCGAGGACGAGGCCGCAAGUCGGGAGUCGUUCCGAAUUUGGCCUUUGGCUCUGCGACGCGCACAACGACGUGAACAAGAAAUUGGGGAAGCCCGUGUUCGACUGCUCACUUUGGGAGCAAAGGUGGCGGACGGGCUGGAAGGAUGGCCAUUGCGAUUGA